UUACGCAGCAUUAGUGAAAGUGAAAGUAUCACAGCCUAUAAAUGAAGCAGCAUCAGUGUGUUAUCACUCACACAGAAAAAACACCAGUAGCAGACAUACAGCAUAGACCUUCUUCAAAUCUUGAAAAUAAACCCAGGUGUUGCAAAUAUGGGCAGUAACUCGGACUCACAACCAAUACCAGAACCACCAAAACCUGAUCUCUUUUUAGAAUUCAAUGAACCAUGGAGAAAGAUUGAUUGGAAUCAGAGAGAUGUCUUGAAAAAGAAGCUAGAAGAAUUCACUCCCAGUAAUAAAGAUGUGAAGUACAUCAAGAUCCUGGUUGCUGGAGAAAUUGGAGCAGGAAAGUCCAGCUUUAUAAACUCGGUCAAUAAUGUCUUUCAAGAACGGAUCACCUCCAUAGCACUAGUUAGUUCAUCUGCUGGGCAAAGUAAAAGUUUUACAACAAAGCUCAAAUCAUCCCACAUUAAAAGUGGACACAAGUUCUUGCCCUAUAUCUUCACAGACAUAAUGGGCUUAGAAUCUGAAGUGUUGGCUGGGUCACUUCCAGAGGACAUCGUCAGUGCUGUACUUGGCCAUGUGAAGGAUGGAUAUAAAUUUGAUCAGUCAGAGCCACUCGCUCACGGGGAUGAACGUUUCACCAGUGACCCCAACCUCUCUGACCUGGUUUUCUGUCUGGUUUAUGUCGUAGCUGCUGAUAAAAUAUCAUUCACUAACGAGAAACUUAUUGACAAGUUGAAGAUCAUUCGCAGCAGAAUCAGUGAUAGAGAUAUUCCUCAAGUCAUUAUCAUGACCAAAAUAGAUGAAGCAUGUCCAGUGGUGAAGAACAAUCUAAGAAGGGUGUAUCACAGCAAGAAGAUCAAAGAGAAGAUGCAUACAUGUAGUGGCUUGAUUGGUGUACCAUUGUGCAACAUCUUCCCAUUGAAGAACUACCAUGAAGAGAUUGACACAAAUCCUGAUGUUGAUGUUCUGAUUCUGAAAGCACUGGAACAGAUUGUUAAUAUUGCUAAUGAUCGACUUGAUAGCAGCAGUAGCUGCAUAACAGCUUUGAAAACAUUUAAAUGCAAUAUAUUUACUUCAAAGAAUUUCAUAGUGUUAAACUGUGUUCUGUGUCUGUGUGUGAUGUUAAUUGUUUUCACCUGGCAGCAGCUCAUAAGCAACUGAUUACUCUUCACAGCUGUAGAUUAUUGGGCACUCAUCACCACCUGUAUAUGAAGAGUUUGGUUCCAAAACGCGAUAAACGCCAUUUUUGAAAAAAAUGAGUUACUGCCAAAAUCAGCAUUAUAUCAGGUCAGUAGUUAAAAGUAAAUUCUUAAUUUUACGCAAAAUCCAAUAUCCGCCGUGUUAUUCUGUCAUCUUUUCUCCCUUUUUUCCCAAAAUGCGAUAAACGCCACUCCCCCUUUUUUACAGAACGCAAUAAAUCCCACAGCGCACCAUUCACGCAAUGUAAACAAACAUGGCGGCGCGCUGAGUACAUGGAGUCCUAGUUUUCCUCAUCUACUUUGUACUUUGUGAUCAACAAACAAAACAAAAUAAUACUUUAAUUGCAUUGAUAAACCUGUGAUGGUUUUCUGUGAUGGGAAAGAAACGUAACCAUCAACAUCUAAUAAUUUCCCUGAGAGGCACUCGGGAGACGGGUGCUUGUUCUCCCGACAGCAAGCUUCUCAUGCUAACACAUUGACCCCAGAGGAUCUUAUGAAAAACUUUCCAUAAUUUUACUCAAAGUCAACGAAAAUCGAGCAGGACCAAAAACAUUUUACAGCUGAUCGCUGUGAAAGACGUUAAGCGAAGACGUCAAGUAACCGCAAUGACAGGGUUCUUAAUAUGACAAAGUAAGUGUUUUGAUUAAUAACAUUAAUGUUUAUAUUUUUAAUUAAUGUGUACAACUAGUCAACUAAAUGAAUAUAACAUGGCAAAGAUGAAUGCACAUUUAUAUAGGCUAUUGAUUCAAUAGAUUUAUAGCAUUUUGAAUAAAAACUUGUCAUGGAUUUAUUGCAUUUUGUGGAAAAAAUAAUCCGUUUUUAUAAUAAAUCUUUGAAAAUCAACUUAUGGAUUUGAAGUUUUUAUGGUUUUAUAACCUAAAAAUGCUGUGUGAAAGUUUGUAACAGAAAAUAGUUGUUUUCAUCUUGUCACUUUCUUGGUAUAGAAAACACGUUUUUUACCAAAAUUUGUCAAAAUGGAUUUAUUGCGUUUUGGAACCAAACUCUUCAUAUAUACCCUGUCUUAUUAGUUCUUGUCACGGACUCCUUGUUUUAUGUGACAAUGCCUUUCUGAGUUCUGGAUUGUUCAAUGAUGUUCCGGAUUGUUCAAUGAUGUUCCGGAUUGUUCAAUGAUGUUCCGGAUUGUUCAAUGAUGUUCCGGAUUGUUCAAUGAUGUUCCGGAUUGUUCAAUGAUGUUCCUGGGUUGUUCAAUGAUGUUCCUGGAUUGUUCAAUGAUGUUCCUGGAUUGUUCAAUGAUGUUCCUGGGUUGUUCAAUGGUGUUCCUGGGUUGUUCAAUGGUGUUCCUGGGUUGUUCAAUGGUGUUCCUGGGUUGUUCAAUGAUGUUCCUGGGUUGUUCAAUGAUGUUCCUGGGUUGUUCAAUGAUGUUCCUGGGUUGUUCAAUGAUGUUUCUGGGUUGUUCAAUGAUGUUUCUGGGUUGUUCA